AUGGAGACAACCCGAAAACUAAGGGCCGCUGAUGGCUCAAGCGGCGGCACCCAGGAACUUCCACAUCCUACGGACGCAGAGGAAGAGGAACGCGUUCAACAGCUAACCGCCGGCGGAUUGACGUCGGCGGCCUCAUUCGGUACGGGAGACUGCGAUGGGUACGAUGCAUCAAACCGCUUUCGUUCGAACAUUGAGAGCGUGGAGAAGCCCAGACAGAUCGUUGUCCUUGUGGUAACCAUCGCUGGAGCGAGCUACUUGGGCUUCGCCCAGAACGACUCCGAUCCGGACGCGAACACGCGCGCGGCGUCGAUGGGCGUCGGCUUUCUCUUCCUCGUGCACUGCUUCCUGCAGUGCCGGGACUCUCUCUUCGUCCGGCCGCACCCGGGCAUCUGGCGGAUCGUCCACGGGGUCGGCAUGCUCUAUCUCUUCGCCGUGUCGGUGUUGCUCGUCCACCCCAAGGACGAAGCGCAGCGGUUACUGGCAAUCUUUAUCCCUGAUGUGAAAGGGUACACGUUGUCCCGCUUUGAGGCCGGCUCCCUCGAGUGCGAGCUCUCGGCGAGCGCCGUCAUUGGCCAGCUGCGGGAGGUUUGGUUCCUGGCGCACCUCGUGGGCUGGUGGUGCAAGAUGUGCCUCUUCCGAGACUGGGGUGUGUGCUGGGUCCUCUCGGUGGGCUUCGAGCUCCUGGAGCUAUCGAUGGGCUGGCUGGUGCCGCAGUUCCACGAGUGCUGGUGGGACUCCCUGAUCAUCGACCUGCUGGGCGCAAACGUUCUCGGCAUGACCCUGGGGCUCUACACGCUCAGGUUCCUGGAGACGAGGACCUACGACUGGAACAGCAAGGAGAAGUCGCACGAGCUGGCGAGAUCUCUGCGCCUGCUUGCCAAGUUCUCCCCGCUCGGCUGGAGCAAGUGGCGGUGGGAGGCCUUCAGCAGCUUGAAGAGGACGGCGCAGGUGUUCUCGAUGGUCGCGGCCACGAUGCUCCUGGAGCUCAACGCCUUCCUGGUGAUGAACGCCUUGGAGAUCCCCAACAAUUCUAACUUCAACUACAUGCGCAUGACGGUCAUCUUCCUGGUGGCCCUGUUGGCAUGCAGCGAAUACUACGAGUACUGUUCCAACCCCGCCUGCAACCGGCUGGGGCAAAACGCAUGGCUUAUUCUUGCCAUCAUGCAGGUGGAGAUCCUACUGUGGAUUAAGUUUUUCCCGCAGCCACUCAUGAACGCGUCCUCGCCCCCCGAGGUCAAGCUUCCCUGGCUCGCCACCCUGAGCCUCUUUAGCCUAUGGGUGUUGCUCUUCGUGGCGGUAAGAGAGGACCCCGCAGAUGCGGCGGCAGCGUCAGCGGGCGUGCGGGCGGGGGCACUGACCGGAGGUGUGACGAGCGCGUCGGAGUCGAUGAGCUCGAUGGGAUCGCUUCCAGACGGCGGUAGUAACGGCGGCAGUGUUGGCGACGCCGGUGGUGAUGGGCAGGGGGAUAAGACCGGGGGGGUUAGCGGCAGCGGCAAGCCGGACGGCUGCGGUGAAGGUGGAGGAGGUGGCGAUGACGCCGGCGUCGACACCAAGCCGCGGAGACGUAACAGCCUGUCGGCCAGCCGAACAAAGCGCAAGACGGCCAUGCUGGUGGCCAAGUGGGGCGCGGUGGACGCUGUGUUCAUCCUGUCCUUCAUUCCCCUCCUUUACCUCGUCAAGCAGUGGUCGUACUGACGAAGACCUCUCUCUCUCUGUGCAAGCGGCCCGUUGAGACCCACGACGAGCGUGCCUGUUCGCUUUAGUGUUGCUAUAUACCAUUUUGUUUCUUCCACACGAGCCGGCAGGGUCGGUAAGGCAUUGUCUUUCGCUUUUUUUGGGGGGGGGGAUUCGGAGGCCGUCUGGGAGCAGCAGCAAAGCAGCACACCCUGCGCGGAGCGCUUGCUUGGUGCUCGCACGUCUUGGGGCGCAUCUAAAUUGACGUAUUGGGAAUUGGAGGGAGAGGUGUUGAACAGUGUGACAUACAUACAAUAUUUGGAUCAGCCGUAAGGUGUCGAUAUAGGAGUGUAGCCUGUAGGCGGCGAGCGGGCGUGCGGACUUGGGCGUGUUUUUACUGUAGUCCCCGCAUUGCCCCGCCGCAUGCUCUCUUUUUCGUGGCCCACGGAGCCAAGAAAACGCGGCGCGUGCGCUCGUCUCUCCUUGGGGGGGUUGGAUUAUGUUCGCCAGUGUUAUCUUGGUCUGUUUUUAAGAGUGUGCGCCGGGCCGCGGCGGAGAGUCCUGCCUGCCCGGCACGCUCGCUUUAUCAGUGCAGCGCGUCUAUAGCAAGAUGAUGACGCAUCUUUGUGAUGGGCGUGGAGCGAUACGUAGGUGAAGGUGCUCAUGUAUCCAGGUGUUUGAAGGAUGUUGAGGGUGCUGAAUUCCCGUGAAGGAGUCAGGUGUCGGAAGAUGGGCACCGCAUUGGUGGUAGGGAAGUCAGGCCGACUACAAUACAGCAAGACUCGAAGAGUUUUCGCAUUGCUCGGGGCGAUGCGCUUUUGCAGCGGCGACUAGCGCGUCGUUGGGCGAAGACAGACGUACAUCCCCCAGAGAGGUAUACUGCAGUGCCUAUUUUCCAAUGUACAUGUAUGAAAGAACAAACGAUUUGUUGGGGGGCCCGCUGC